AUGUCCGUCGAUAUCGCAUGGGAUCAAGUCACGUCCGGGUCUGAUGGAGAAGCUCUAGCCGAGACUAUUCGCUCAUUCAUCCACGCCAAGUUUCAACAGAUCGCCCUACCUCGAUUUAUUAGCGCUGUUCAUGUUCAUUCCUUUGAAUUCGGCUCCGUCAGUCCUGAGAUAGAGAUCAAAGACAUCUGCGAUCCACUGCCUGACUUUUACGAGGAGGAUGAAGGAGAGGAAGAUGAGGAGCUGGAACAGUCUGAGAAAUCUCCGAUCGAAUUAGUGGCUCGUAAUUCCUCCAGGGCUGCUGCAGACUACGGCCCAACAACUACUAGCAGUCUAAACUCCACCGAGCUACAUAAUAGAGUUGCCGCCCUUCAUCUCCAAGGUGGCACAAGCCAUGCCUCAGCACCCCUGUCCACCCUCGGUUCAGCAGCCUCAAUUCUCCGUGACCAGACUUGUAUUCCAAAUGAUUCUCAUCCAGGAUCAUUUGCUCGCAGUGGAACACCUGGUAUACCUGGAGGUACCUCGAAUAUGGGCUAUUUUCACCUUCCGGUAGGAGGAUUGUCUGGCGUUCAGACUCCACUUGCGGCGGUAGCAGGUGGUCCUUUCGCUACACAUGCAUGGCUCAGAGAUCAGCAAGCACAACACGCAAGCCUGCUCGAGAGUCGUCAAGGGAAUUUGGAAUUCAAUGCUCAUCAGGACAAGUCUUCAAAUCGUCCUCGGACGGCAGGCAGUGUUUCCUCACCUGAACUAGGCUCUCCACUAUAUCCCUCGUCGCCUGUGAGGCGACCUGUAGGCUAUCUACCGACUGAAAAGGUCAGUGAUGAUGUCUCUUCAGAUCUGCUCGCGGAAGCUACACCACCGUCAGCCGAAGUCGGCUCUCCCACGGAUCUGCAAGUCGUCGCGCAUGUCGUGUAUUCAGGUGAUGUGCGAAUGACACUGACUGCUGAGAUUAUGCUCGACUACCCUAUGCCAAGUUUUGUGAAGAUACCGCUCAAACUGUCGAUCACUGGCGUGUCCUUCGAUGGGGUUGCAAUCCUCGCUUAUAUCAGAAACAAAAUGCACUUUUGUUUCCUUGACCCAGAAGAUGCGGAGACAUUAGUCGGGAGUACUUUUGACAAUGAGACUGUGCCACAAAAACCAACUGGUAGGAAAUCGACCAUCAAGAGUCUUUUGCGAGAAAUGCAAGUGGAGACGGAGAUUGGACGUCAAGAAAAUGGCAAGCAAGUACUCAAGAAUGUCGGCAAGGUCGAAGCCUUCGUUCUGGAGCAGGUACGUACAAUCUUCGAAGAGGAAUUUGUGUUUCCAAGUUUCUGGACAUUCUUGGUCUAG